GUCUUGGCACACGGAGAUCUGAGACAUUGCCAGAGAGUUUGGCGGGGCGCAGUGUUUGUAGCGGCACUGCAUGCGUAAAUCACUGUUGUUUAAUAUCAUGGGCGGGAGCUUCUCUUCUCCCAUGAUCCACAGACUCAGUUCUUCAGCUCUGGAAAACACUGCUGAGAACAAGCAAAACGAUGAGGCUUUUCCACACUACAGCUCUUGUCAUAUCAUUUGCUCUGCACACACUGGCACAAUUGCCCAAUCACAAUGACAUGUGUGCGGAGGGCAGCUGUUACCCUGCGACCGGUGAUCUGCUGAUAGGAAGAGCACAUCGACUCACAGCCUCCUCUACCUGUGGAUUGAAUGGUCCAGAGCAAUUCUGCAUCGUCAGCCAUUUAGAGGAAAAUAUGUGCUUUAAAUGCGAUUCCCGACGGUUGUACAGUGAAUUCACCCACCCCUACAGCCACACCAUUGAGAACGUGGUGACAACCUUCACUCCCAACCGCCUCAAAACAUGGUGGCAGUCUGAGAACGGAGUUGAAAAUGUGACCAUUCAGCUGGAUUUGGAGGCUGAAUUCCACUUCACACACCUCAUCAUGACCUUUAAGACAUUUCGUCCUGCAGCCAUGCUGAUUGAGCGAUCAGCAGAUUUUGGGAGGACCUGGCAGGUGUACCGUUACUACGCUUUCAACUGCGAUGAAUCCUAUCCACAAGUUCCAAAAGGGCCAAUCAAAAAAGUGGAUGAUGUCAUUUGUGAUAGUCGCUAUUCUGGCAUGGAACCAUCAACAGAAGGAGAAGUCAUUUUUAGGGCACUUGAUCCUGCAUUUAAGAUACCAGACCCUUAUAGUCCUCAUAUUCAGAACCUACUGAAGAUCACAAAUCUGCGCAUAGCGAUGGAAAAGUUGCACACACUUGGUGAUAUGUCUGACCGAGAAGAAGUGAGACAGAAAUACUUUUAUGCUGUUUAUGACAUGGUCAUCCGUGGCAACUGUUUCUGCUAUGGCCAUGCUUCCAAAUGUGCUCCUAUUGGCAACGAGGCAGGCGUUGAAGGAAUGGUUCAUGGUCACUGCAUGUGUAAUCACCACACUACUGGACUGAACUGUGAAGAGUGUGAGGACUUUUACCAAGAUCAGCCCUGGAGACCAGCAGUAGGCCGAGAGACAAACGCUUGCAAGAAAUGUGAGUGUAACCGUCACUCAGGCUUCUGUCACUUUGACAUGGCGGUGUAUCUGUCAUCGGGAAACCGCAGUGGAGGAGUUUGUGAUGACUGUCAGCACAACACACAGGGCCAAUGGUGUGAGAACUGCAAACCUUUCUACUACAAGCACCCUCAAAGGGAUAUCAGAGACCCCAGGAUUUGCGAGCCUUGUGACUGUGACCCGCGAGGUUCUCUGAAUGAAGGCUUGUGUGACAGCGCUACAAAUGUUAUGAGAGACAUGAUUGCGGGACAGUGUCGCUGCAAAGCUAACGUGGAGGGACAACGUUGUGACCACUGUAAAAAGGGACACUAUGGCCUCAGCGAUGACCCGUUAGGCUGUCAGUCAUGCAGAUGUAAUCCUCUAGGCACACUCCCAGGAGGAACUCCUUGUGAUAUACAGACAGGAAGCUGUUACUGCAAACGUCUUGUGACUGCACGAAAUUGUGACCAGUGUCUGCCUCAGCACUGGGGUCUCAGUAAUGAUAUGGACGGCUGCAGACCAUGUGACUGUGAUGUGGGCGGGGCUUUGAACAAUAAUUGCUCCCAGGAGACAGGGCAGUGCGCUUGUAAGGAGCACAUGUUUGGUCGGCGUUGUGACCAGUUGCAAUCCGGGUACUACUUCGCAGCCCUAGACCACUACAUUUAUGAAGCUGAAUAUGCUUCCUUCGGACCGGCAGUAAAAGUGGUUCAAAGACCGUUACCUCAGGAUCGUAAACCUACCUGGACGGGUACAGGCUUUGUGAAUGUACCAGAGGGGGAAACGCUGACAUUCAACAUUAAUAAUUUCCCAAGAUCUAUGGAAUACAACUUAAUGAUACGCUAUGAACCACUGUUGCCAGAUGAAUGGGAGCAGGUUAUAGUAAAGUUGGAGCAGCCCAGAGACGUUGAUCAGUCAACACACUGCACUUCUACAUAUGAUGAUGAACAGAUGGUCUCACUGCACCCUGGAUCAAGAUAUGUUGUUGUGCCUAAUCCAAUGUGUCUGGAAAAGGGUCAAAACUACACCCUUAAAAUUAGCUUCCCACAGUACUCUUCAUACAGCUAUCACUCCUCUCCUCGCACACUUGUCGAUUCACUAGUGCUUCUGCCAGAGGUGCAAGACCUGGAUCUUUUUUGUGGAGGAGACCAUCAGCAGAAGAACUGGGAGAUGUUCCAGAAAUACAGAUGUUUGGAACGGAGCCAAAGUGUUAUUAAAAUCCCUUUAACGGAUAUUUGCAAAGACUACAUCUUCAGUGUGUCAGCUCUUCUGCACAACAGAGCUCUUGAGUGUAAGUGUGACCCACAAGGGUCUCUGAGCACGGUGUGUGAUCCUAUCGGUGGGCAGUGUCAGUGUCGACCCAAUGUUUCAGGAAAGAACUGUGAUGCCUGUGCCCCAGCCACCUACCUGUUCGGACCCUCAGGAUGUAGACCAUGUGACUGUAAUCCGCUUGGCUCUCAGAACCUUUUCUGCCACCCCAGUACUGGCCAGUGUUUGUGUGUGCCUGGAGCAUUUGGGCAGCAAUGUGGCAACUGUAAACCCAACCAUUGGGGCUACCCUACUUGCAAGCACUGCUCCUGUAAUGGGAACAGUGAACAGUGUCACCCUCUUACAGGCGAAUGUCUGAACUGCAGGGGUCACACCUCAGGCCACAACUGCGAGAGAUGUGAAAGUGGUUAUCAUCGUAGCACAUUGUUGGGCUCCAGAGAUCAAUGCAGGCCUUGUAUGUGUCCUAAUGGACCUGGAAGUGGUAUGCAGUUUUCUGAGAGCUGUUACCAAAAUCCCAACACCCUUCAAAUGGUCUGCAUCUGCAACGCAGGCUACAAGGGACCUAAGUGUGAGGAAUGUGCCUCUGGUUACUAUGGCAACACUCGGGUACCAGGGGGACGGUGCCACCUAUGUCAAUGUAAUGGAAAUAUUAAUAUGCAGGACCCUGAAUCAUGCAACGCACGCACUGGUUCCUGUCUCAAAUGCCUGUUUCACACUGAUGGCACUGAGUGCCAAUACUGUAGUCGUGGCUACUAUGGAGACGCCCGUUCACAGAACUGUAGGAGAUGCAUGUGCCAUCUUGUGGGUAGUUCCAGACAAAGCUGUGUUGAUGGCCUGUGUGAGUGUGACCGGAUAAGCGGACAGUGCCCAUGUCUGCCAGGUGUGGAGGGUCAGCUCUGUGACCGCUGCGCCCCAAAUACAUGGAACAUCAAUAGUGGGAGAGGAUGCCAGCCUUGCCAGUGCCACCCUGAACACUCCUACAGUUCCUCCUGUGACUUGCUGUCAGGUCAGUGUUCCUGUAAGCCUGGUUUUGGAGGCAGGACAUGUGAGGAGUGCAGGGAACUGUUUUGGGGAGAUCCUGAAGUCCAAUGCCAUGCAUGUGACUGUGACCCAAGAGGCAUUGCCACUCAGCAGUGUAAUAAGACAUCAGGUGACUGCGUUUGCACAGAGGGCGUGGCUGGUCGCAGGUGUGACACGUGUGGACGGGGCUUUGUGGGCACCUUUCCAGAUUGUGAGGCGUGUCAUCACUGUUUCCGUGACUGGGACAUUAAUGUGGGAGAGCUGACCAAUCACACACAGAGGCUGGUGGAUACGGUGGAGGAAAUGAAGGAUUCGGGGGUGGCGACGCCAUAUAAAGACAUCAUAAAGAAUCUGGACGAUGAAAGUAAGCAACUCCGAGAGAUACUGGAGGAUGACAAAGUUCAGCAAACUUUGACUCACACGCAGAGGAUGAUGAAGAAAGCUAGUGAGACAGCAUCACUUCUGAGAAAGUCUAUGGACCGAUCUGAAACAGACUUGAACAUGGUAUCAACUGACCAUCACCGGGCAAUUGAGGACCUAAAAAGUCUGACCAAGGAGGCCCAAAACCUACAAGAAAUCACCUCUGAUAAACAGCAGCAGGUUUUGAACAUUAAACAUUCAGACCCCAGAGGUGCGGUGGACAGCAUCGGAGACUAUUAUAGGGAAUCAGCUGAAGCAGAUUUCCGUGCCAGUCAAGCCAUCUCUGAACCAGUCAAACAGUCUGCCCUGCUACGGAAAGAUGCAGAGGCCAAACUAGAAAGAACUGAGAACGAAUUUAACCUGAAACAUCAGCUGUACAUGCAGAGGUUGAGCAAAAUUGAAAUUGAACUGAACUCGACAGACCUUUCACGAUUAAGUCGUCAGGUGUGUGGAGGGGCUGCAGGUGUGGAAGGAUGUGGGGACUGUGGUGGUCUGGGCUGUAAGCAUGAGGAUGGCGUGUUCCAUUGUGGUGGGGAAGGAUGUGAGACUAUUGUGGCCAGAUCUCAAGAGUCCUUGAAUAAAGCCAAAAACUUAGACCAGGAGGUCUUGCACACUCUAAAAGAAGUAGACAAGUUAAACAGGAUGGUGUCAGAUGCUCGAGAACGUGCAGAUGAGGCUAAAUUCAGCGCUCAGGAUGUGUUACUUAGAGCCAAUCAGAGCAAAGCACGAGUGGAACAGACCAAUGAGGAUCUCAGAAACCUCAUUCAGCAGAUACGAGACUUCCUCACAAACGAAACCGAUCCAAAGCGUAUAGAGGAAGUGGCUAAUGAGGUAAUGAAACUAAGUCUACCAGUGUCGUCCGGGGCACUAAAAAACAUGACCACAGAAAUCCGCAAACAUGUGGCCAGACUGACCAAUGUGGAGGAUAUUCUUGCCCAGACGGCAGAAAAAACCCGCACCGCAGAGAGACUCCUGCAACAAGCAAAGGCUGCCAAUAAGAGAGCAACAGCGCUAAAACACACCUCUGACGAGGUGAAGAAAACUCUCGAGGACACAGUGCGCGCUCAAACGGCUGCCAAUGAAAAAAUUAAGGCAGCUGAGCGUGACAUGAACCAAACAAAUCAGCAAAUCACUUCUGUACAAUCAAAAACUGAAUUGACUGAGUUCAAACUGAGCAGCAGCACAGGCAGAGUGUUGAAUCUAGAGAGAGACGUUGAUGAUCUCCAAAGGAAAACUGCAGAAACGUCCCGCAGUGCAGAUCAGACUCAGAGACAAGCUGAGGACACCACUGCAGAGCUGGAGCCCACUGCACGGGAUUUGGAUACACUCGUGCUACCCAAGUAUCAGCUGGCCAGUGGCCUGAUAGAUCAAAAAGCAGCAGGUGUGUUUGAUGCACGUCAAAAGGCCGAGCAACUACAACAGGAGGCAAAAGGAUCUAUAAUAGACGCCACCAACAAGCUACAGAGACUAAGAGAGCUGGAAAGAUCAUUUGCAGCAAAUCAGCACAUUCUGAUGGGGAAAUCUCAAGAGCUAGAAGGGCUGGAGAAUGAAGCCAGAGAUGUGCUGCAAGAGCUCAGUCAGAAGAUCAACAUCUACAGCACCUGCGCUUAACCGUUUCCACCAAAACUAAUAAAUAAUGCUGUCCGAUUGUUGUGUCUAAUGUCAAUUGUCACAGUUUGUAGGUCCCAAUACUCCAAAAGUGAACAACAAAUGUUACUAAUAUAGUGUCUGUAAUACUAUUAAAAAACAUGAUGGUAUUGUUUAAAUGCAUGACUUACGUCAGAUUGUGAUUCAAAUUUUAAAAUAUUGGUGUCUGGGAUGCAUGCAGAAUUACGUUAUAAUUUUAUAAAGUUUUCUUAAUUCUAAUUUCUUAAUUGUAAUGAGGAGAGGCUUGGACCCGAUACAGUAUUUGAUACACCAUAACAUACCCAGUGUAUAAACUAACUCUAAAUCACAAAGUGCCUGAAAAGUGAAGCCAAAACAAUUUGGUCACUUCCUGGUUGUUGGCUGCAGUACAGGUCAUAAACCCCAUAGAUUGAGAUGUAAACCAAAAACUUUAAUGAACUAAUAAAAACAAAUGACUAAUUAUUGCUGCAAACUCUGGCUCCAAAUAACAAUCAUUAAUUCAAACUGCCAUUUUGAGACAUUUUCGCUUCACUUUUCUAAAGUAGUACCAUCUUUUUUGCUAUAAUCAGUGGGAACAAUGUGUAAUGUAAUUGUGUAUUGUGAUCUUACUAACUGACCAAAUGGUAAAACAGUGUAAAAUUUUACCAUGAUCCCCUUAAUAUAUGUAUUCUUGCCCUUUCUUAACUAUAAAAAGCUUACAUGA